GUGGUGGGACGGCCGCGGGUGUUUCCUGGCGACGGGGGAAGUGCGGAACCGCCGCGGCCGCCGAGCGUGGGAGCCGCGUUUCUCCCCCCCCACCCCGCCGCCGGGCGCCUGAUCUACCAUGAGACCCGCCAUCUUCCUGCUCCCGCCUCAGCCCGGCCGCCUCUUCCUCCUCUUGGUGUCUUGGCUUUUUAAUCCAACAAGAAGUGAAAUAACAAGUCUAGAUAGCGGAAAUAUAGAUGACAUUUUAAACAAUGCAGAUGUUGCUUUAGUUAAUUUUUAUGCUGAUUGGUGCCGCUUCAGCCAAAUGUUGCAUCCUAUUUUUGAGGAGGCUUCUAAUGUAAUUAAGGAAGAAUACCCAGAUAAGAAUCAAGUAGUGUUUGCUAGAGUGGACUGUGAUCAGCAUUCGGAUAUAGCUCAGAGAUACAGGAUAAGCAAAUACCCAACGCUGAAGCUCUUCCGGAAUGGAAUGAUGAUGAAGAGAGAAUACAGGGGCCAGAGGUCUGUGACAGCAAUAGCAGAUUAUAUCAGACAGCAGAAGAGCAAUCCUGUUCGGGAGGUCCAGGAUUUGGAAGAAAUUAAUACUGUUGAUCGCAGCAGAAGAAAUAUCAUUGGGUACUUUGAGCAAAAGGACUCUGACAAUUACAGAACAUUUGAAAGAGUAGCAAAUAUUUUACACGAUGAUUGUGUAUUCCUCUCUGCCUUUGGGGCUAUUUCAAAAGCAGAGCGAUUUAGCGGAGACAAUAUAAUCUACAAGCCACCAGGGGAGAAUGCUCCAGAUAUGGUGUAUUUGGGCUCCCUGACCAAUUUUGAUUUGAUUUACGCAUGGACACAAGAUAAAUGUGUACCCCUUGUUCGAGAAAUUACAUUUGAAAAUGGGGAGGAACUGACAGAAGAAGGCCUUCCUUUCCUCAUACUUUUCCACAUGAAGGAUGAUUUGGAGAGCCUAGAGAAAUUCCAACAGGAGGUUGCACGACAGUUAAUAAGUGAAAAAGGUACAAUAAACUUCCUCCAUGCUGACUGUGACAAAUUCAGGCACCCGCUCCUCCACAUUCAGAAGACUCCCACAGACUGUCCAGUUAUUGCCAUUGACAGCUUCAGGCACAUGUAUGUCUUUCCAGACUUCAGCGACCUGUCAGUUCCAGGUAAACUGAAGCAAUUUGUACUAGACUUGCAUUCUGGAAAACUGCAUAGAGAGUUUCAUCAUGGCCCUGAUCCAACUGAUGUAGCACCUGGACAGCCAAUUCAGGAUGUAGCCAGCAGCCCGCCAGAGAGCUCCUUCCAGAAACUGGCACCCAGUGAACAUAGGUACACCUUAUUGAGGGAAAAAGAUGAACUUUAAAAACUUGAAAUAAUCUUGCAAGCCUUUCAGACAGCAGCAUUGACUUCCGUGUGGUGGAAAUAGUAAACCUAUAUUUUCAUAAUUCUACGUGUAUUUUUAUUUUGAAUAAACUGAAAAAUAAUUUUUUUCUUCCCCAGGCUUGUAAAUAAAUUGAUUUGGUGGGUCCUUCUGUACAGCAUCUUUCCAACAGUACGUUCUUAACGCUCUAGUAAAAUGCCAGAGACCCAUCCAGACACUUGAUGUAACAAUUCUGUAAAACUUUUAUAAUCCAAAUGAAGGUAUCCCUGCCAGAGACAUGCUGUUAACUUGCACUAUCCCAUUCAAUAGGAUUUUGGGGUUGUUUUCUGUGUAAUCUUGGUAGUAUGUGCUUUCUGUUCUUCAUGUGAACAGCUCUCCUGGUAAUCUAUUUCUUUGUCACAUUUUUCUCCAACUUGAGAGGGUCUUCUAUUCUGGAUACUUGGGAGGGGAAUAAAUUAAAGUUUUACAGAA